UGACGCCAACAUCCGUGUGCGCUUGAGAGUGUCUGCGUGUGUGUUGCCUGGAAACCGCCAGCAUGCCAGUACACCAGAUCACGGUGGUCCCAGCUAGGGAGAACGGCAAGAGCGCCCUUCGGCCUAAAGACAGGAACGAGGGCCCUCAAGCCAAGACCCCCGGUCGCUCAGGGAGUCGAUCCAGCAACAUCUCCAAGGCGAGCAACUCGACAGCGGGACAAACCAGCGCCUCCAAGACGUCAGUCACCCUGUCUUCUCAGGAUAUUUGCAGUGUUGUCCAGCUGACCCGCAUUGAGGAGGAUGCGUCCGAAUUGCCCAACCCCAGCAAGAGCCCUCGCCCCGCCGCCAUGACAAUCCCCAGCGCCACCCGGGGUCCCUCGGCUCCGGCCCCGCCCCCUAAGAAGCGGGUGAAGCGUCGCCACCGGCGGAAGAGGAACAGCUCCGGCCCAUUGGACCGCGUGGAGGCCGAAGACCCGGACCGCAGCGCUGACCGCAGCGAGCGGGGCGAGACGCGGUCAGAGCGUCCCUCGCGGGCACACCGGGAGCCCCCGCUGCGCAUCUGCUGCUUGGACUCCACCUCUGAGGAUGAGAAGCCGGCGACCCGAAGCUGGAGUAAGGAGAAGUCGAGGCGGGCUCGGCACCGCAGCCGGAGCAAAGGCGGUGAGGACGUGACGGAAGCGAUGGAGUUGCAGUCGGUGGGCUCCGACGAGGGGAAGGAGAACCGACCCCUGGCGGUGGGUGAUGGCGUGAAAAAACGACUCAUUAGCGGUAGCGGCGGGCACGGCUCGCUGAGGGAAAGCUUGCCCAGUAUGGACAAGGAGCUUAGUCCGGCUGACAGUUCCUCGGAGGACGGCGAGGAGGAGCUGAUCACAGAAAAGGAUCAGGAGAAAGGGGCGGGGCACGGAGGCACGCCCACGCCUCAGAAGGGCUGCGGCGUCAAUGGCGCCCUGCCUCGCGCCUGCUCCGAUGACUCUGAGAUGGAGGUGUGCAGGAUCUGCCACUGCGAGGGCGAUGAGGAGUGCCCCCUGAUCAUGCCGUGUCACUGCACGGGCAGCCUGAGCUUUGUGCACCACGCGUGCCUCUACCAGUGGAUCAAAUCCUCAGACACGCGCUGUUGCGAGCUCUGCAAGUUCGAUUUCAUCAUGGAGACCAAACUCAAACCUCUGUGCGAGUGGGAGAAGUUGCACAUGUCCAAGAGCGAGAGGAGGAAGAUCUACUGCUCAGUGUUGUUCCACCUCAUAGCCAUCGUGUGCAUGCUGUGGUCUGUCUACAUCCUCAUCAAGAGGACCACAGAGGAGAUCAAACUGGGCAAGAAUGAAGAAUUUUGGCGGAUUUCUCUCCUGAAGUACUACCGGUAUACCCCCCAGGGCGUACUGGAGUGGCCCUUCUGGACCAAGCUGAUUGUGGUGGCCAUCGGCUUCGCAGGGGGCCUCAUCUUCAUGUGCAUCCAGGGCAAGGUGUACCUGCAGUUGUGGUGCCGCCUCAAGGCCUUCAACCGCAUCAUCACCGUGCAGAACUGCCCCGACAAGAACCGGCUCGCCAACGGAAAGCGCCAGGCGGCCGUGGAGAUCCCUGUGGGCUCCGCCCCGCCGGACUCGGACGCCUCCCCGGGGGCGACGGUGGCGCCCGGGCACAAUCCAGUUUGAAGGUGCCAACGUUUUGCGUCAAGCUGGACUGGACUCAAGUGUGGAAUACGAUUCGUGCGGGUAUUCUCAGUAGUAAUUAUUUACGGUUCUCUGAAUACAUACAGUAGCUAACAAACAACAAAGGUCGGUGGUGCCUUGAGAUAAGACCGUCCUUUAUUUGGUGACCGUGCUCUUAACUCAAAUCAUCGUUUCCCAUUGAAAUGAAUGGAAAUGCCGAUAAUCCUUUGCAGCCUCUCCAAAAAAGUUUUCUUUACAAAAAUGCCAUUCCACUUCAUAGAAAUGUAAAGCAAUUACAUCAUUAAAUAGAAUUCAAUGCACAUCUUUAAGUUUGAGCUCGCAAUUCAAAGCAAAAAAAAUCCAAAAUCGGCCAAACGACGGCUCAUAUCUUGGAAAAACUCUUCAAUGGCGUCACGCGUAUCUCGAGGCACCACUGUACAUCCCUUUACAUGGGGGGAAAAAAAAACCCAAAUUGAUCUUUCUAUGGGACAACACUGAAGAAAUGUGCCACUCGUGUAUGAUCAGAUACUCAAGAGUUCUUUGUCAUGCUGUACCAUAUUGAACAUACAGUGUUCAACCUCCAGUGAGCAGUAUGAGUGUGAGCGAUAACACCAAACUCAACACAAGGAGUCAAAUGAAAUGGGGACGCAAAAUGCCCAAUUUGGACAUUUUCCCAUUUUGUAGUUUUGUUGCCAGUGGGUUAGCUAUUAAGGGCUGAUAAGUGACUUUUUGGCAACAGUAUAUUUACUGUUCUACUUCAAAUUGUAGCACUGUCAUUUCUUUCACAUUGUCCCAUGAAAAGAUGCAAUCAAAUAUUGACAAAAAUGUGAAGGUGUUCUCACGUUUAUGAUACUGUCCAAAAGUUUUCCUUUACCUGACAUGUUUCAGCCCCCUGCGAAACAAACAAUACACUUGAUGUGUGUUUGCGUCUGAGCAGGCAGACCACGAAGAGUGAGGGGGAGGUCUCAGCACCAGAAAGGCUCGCUAAGGCUCACUAAUUAUUGCAUGUCAUCAAUAUUUGACACUUCCAUUCCUCUUACGCACUUUGUCAAACAGCACUAAAUACCCUCAAUACAUUCAGUUGAGCCAGGGGCGGGUAAAGUAUGGCCCUCGGGCCACGUGCGGCCCGAUCUCUUCUUUCAAUGAAAUUAAAAGUGAGUGAAAUAUUAUUUUCAUUGCUGAACAAAUGAAUGUAUUUUACAACCACAUUGGACCUUUUUUUGACCUCCUCUACGAACGACCCGGCUCAUCUGUCACUCUUAAAAAUCAUGUGCCCACCCCUGUAGUUGAGUCACUAACCACUUUAGGGGUUCGAUUACAUUUGUAUCAUGUCAACUUUUGACAAUGUUGGGUGUAAAUUCAUAAUUGGGAUUAUUUUGCUUUUGCUGAUUGGCCGGGUUCUAGAAGUCUGAUGGUUUCUACUGCCUCAUAGUGAGGCGACCAUUUUGAACACCCUCUUGCGUACAAUUACGUGAUGCUGUAGCUGGUCAACAUGAUAACAAAUAAACUGUUAAAUACAGGUGCAUCUCAAUAAAUGAGAAUAUUGUGAAAAAGUUCCUUUUUCGCAGUAGUUAAAUUAAAAAAGGUCAAACUCGUACCGUAUAGCUGGACUCCAUAGUGAAGUUAGAAACAAUGAAAACUAUUUUGAAUUAGAUAAUGAUCUGAAAUUUCAAAAAAUGUUUCAAAAUACUAUUUUCCUUCGUAUAAUGAAUCUUCUGUUUCACCUUUUCAAUGGAUCUACUGAAAUAAAUGACAUUUUCUUUCAUAUUCAAAUUUAUUGACACGCUCCUGAAAUUACAAAAAAAAUAAAAUAAAAAAUCAUAAUUAUUUGGCUCAGUCACUUAAUUUUUUUUGACAGUUUUUGCCACUCGGACAAUCAGCUCUCCCUAGUAAACCUUAGGAUUUAUAGGUUAAAGAAAUGAUUUUUUUGGGUGUGUAUGAAGUUUUAAAGAUCACAUUGAAGUCUUUCACUGUGGCGCUACGUCGAAAAAAAACAAAAACCUUUACAUUUAAAUUGACUUUGUUACAAUGUGUUCACUUUUCUACCAGAGAUGCCACAAAAAAAGUAAAAACCAUAACAACUCCA